AUGGAAGCCUUACAACUGAAAGUUGCUCUUCGAAUACUCGGACAUGCCGGCAUACCUACAUGUCUUGUAGGAGAGCUAGCACUCAACUACUAUAAUGUGCCUCGAGUCCUCCACGAUAUCGAGAUAUGUGUGCCAGAGAACAUGGUGCUGAAGGCCGCAUCACUUCUCCGCGGGACAGGUCUCUUCGAGCCCGACGAGAUCGAGGAGUUUGAUCUGUACAAUGAGUACAAACGAGGCUGCCCCCGAUUACGAUCUUCAUCGUGGAUAUCUCCAUCCAGUGCCCUUGUAAUUCUUGGAGAUAAGAUCUAUGGUCUCAAUCCAAUCUCCAAGAACGUACUUUCCCGAGACAAAGUUCCGUCAAACCCAUCGUACAGCAGCCAAAUCAUGGAUCUCAUCCCACCAGCGGAAAUUAAUCAGCUCCCAAUACCUAGACUACCGGUACUACUGGUUGGACUUUGCCGGAGAUUUCUGGAGUCGCAUGACGAUGUUGCCAUGAUUGCCGCAGAGCAGUUGGUGGAUGGGAUGGAUCUGGAUGAUGGCUGGUGCGACAGGAAUCUGAGCGGUGUCAGCUCCGCAGUGCUCGAAAUGUCAAGCAGGCUAGUUGCUGGGAAGACCUCACGGUUGGACGAUUUCUCGGAGAACACGAUUACUUGUUUCAUUGCAAAUGAGGACGAAGUGGAGAGAGUUCGACGGAUUCCUGGAUACGAGUAG